AAGGAUUCAUCUGAUUUCGGAUCAUUAUAACAUGCAAGACGGCAUUAGCAUCUAAUGUGAACCAAGUGAAACUCGAUUUUUAACGCUUUUUUUGGACGGUACCUGAAUGCAGCAGAAGUUCGAAAAGCAUGGCGGCGGAGUGUUUGACAACAGUAACAGAGCAGUGGAUACGGGAUAGGUUACAAUUAAAACAUCCAUGUCUUGGUGAUGUCCGCUCACUGAGCCUCCCGGGGACUCAAGAGGAGAAGAUCCGACAUUUGGGAAACGCACUGAAUAACUUUGUCCGUCUGAAGUCUCUGGACCUCUCCUACAAUGCUCUUGUCUCUGUUGAGGGAAUUAAACAAUUGAAAGUGCUGGAGAGGCUGAUCCUGUACCAUAACUGCAUACCUUCCCUCGAAGAGCUGAACGAGCUGUAUGAGCUGCCAGCUUUGAGAGAGCUGGACCUCAGGCUCAACCCUGUGACCAGAAGUCACCCACACUAUCGCCUUCAGCUGGUGCAUGCCAUGCCCAACCUACGCAAACUAGACGGCUGUUCAGUCAGAGACACUGAGCGCAAAGCUGCCAUAAUGCAGUUCUCCUCUGACGUUCUGCCUCAGCAGAGGAGCUCAGCUUUGAAUGAGGCUGCUGACCGAAGAAGCAGUGACCAGAGAGUGACUUUAGUCAACCACUUAACCAAGAGGCUCCCUCUGAGGACUGGCACUGAUGAUAUUGUGUUGAAUUUUGCUGCGACAAAUUGUGGAGGCCAAAGUGACUCUGUUCAGAAGGAGGCAGAAGGGGAAGAAUCAAACAACUUUACAGAACAGAGAAGUUCUACUCCCAUACAGGAAACUGCUAAACCCAUCCUCAGGUAUCCCCAUGUGAAAUAUGAUAACACAGAGUCCAAAGUGCUGCACACAAAGGAACCAUCUGAUAAAAGAAGCUCUACCUCAUUAAAAGGUACUGACGGACCAAAGGUGUCUUUUGGCCCUUACAUAGAGAAAGACAGACCUGUGUCUGGAAAACAAAAGCAAAACGACCUUCCUAAACAAACUCGACAUGAAGCCAAGGGACAUUAUACCCCUAAUCCUGAUCAAAGUCGCCGUCACAGCUCUUUGUUUAUUAAUAUCCGCCCUCCCAGUCCACGUCGUCCUGGUUUGAAUCUGUCUGAUCCGUCCAACCCCAUCUUACAUCCUCCAAGAUUGACUUACUCUAGCUUCAACAAGACUGAAAGGGGCUCCAGCCUGCCGCAGCAAGGAGAAAAGAAAAAAAGGGGUAGUUACAGGAAACCCCUGGAGAUGCUCCUCAACCUCGUGGACAAACACUGGACGGGGGAGAGGUCGCUGCAUCAUAACAACAACUUCCUGUCUCAGGCCGUCCAGAUCCUCUCUAUGAUGGAAAACGAUAUUUCCUGUCGAGAGGCUGAGGUCAGGACAUUAAGACGGGAAGCCGAUGCACUGAGGUUUCAAGCAGCCGCACGGGAGGAGGAACACCAAACUGAAGUCCGUAACCUCUCUGGUCAGCUUGAGGAGGCUCGCGGUGCAGGCAAACUAAAUGAGCAGCUGAGGAUAGUUUUGGAGGAAAACGUGGCUCUACAGAAACAGCUCAUCAAGUUAGAACGACAGUAUCUCAAGUCGAUGAUGAAAAGUUCACCUAUUACUCAGAUCAAAGAGGCUCAGACAGAAGUGGAGGAGCUGAGGAAAGAGAUCGAGGGUCUGAGGGAGAAAGUGCAGGAGGCCGAGAAAGUAAGGGAUUUGUCAGAGAUGCUGCAAGAAAGCCACAGGUCCCUGGUGGCUACCAACGAGUGUUUGCUAGCUGAGCUGAAGGGAAGUGGGGAACCUGAAAAGAAGAAUUGACUGAAAAGAUGCACACAGGGAUAAAAAUAUCAUGAAAAAGCAAGACUACACAGAGCAUCAUAUUGACUUUGCAUUCACUGCAUGAGGCCCUCAGCUAUGGACUUUUUUGAAAUCAUUUUUACUUGACAUCACAGCUGUGUACAUUUAUUGUCUUUUUUUUUCAGAGUAUUAAGCCCCUUGCACGUGUGUGUUUAGAUUACUGCAUUUGUUAUUUUAGAAAAAUGUGUAUAGGCUGUGUUUGUUUGAUGUAAACAGUAACGGGGAAAGGCAAUUCAUUCGCGAAAGUUUGUGUAUAAGUGUGUGACAGCACUGUUCUGUUAAAUGAUUAUGAGGGGGAAAAUGUUAGUGAGAAGGUCAUAAUGUGUUUCCUGGAUCAGUAGCAAGAUUGUGUCUCUCUUAGCUGUUUUCCCUCUUUUUUUUUUUUUUUUUUUUUGUAGGUCACUCGUGUCUCCAUCUGCUUUGUAUGCUGCAGUGGAAUGAAUGCAUCUAGAUUCCAGCUGCACUGUGACUUUAUUUAUACCUCUGCCUUGGGGCUGGAUCGCUUCGCACACACAUGCACUUUCCUCUCACAAACGCUAAUGCAAAACCUGGCAAAGCAGGUUAGGAUGUGGAUGCUACUGCGUAAAGUGAACGGAGCUUUUGCUUUUAUGUGAAUGUUACAGGUCACUGGUCGGUGCUACUGGCGGGGAGUUUCACAGUGGUCCUGAAAAAGCCAUAAGAAUGUAAAACGAUGUGUUUUGACUGACACACCUUUAACCUACUCAGCUGAGGUUCAGAGGUGUGUUUUUUUUUAUUUUCAAUGAUGCACUACAAAUCAUGAACACACAUUAAGAGGCCUAAUGAACAAGAACAAAAACACACUGCAUGCACCAGGGCACAAUAGUACAUUAAAAGUUAUUUUCAAAGAUAAUAAAAAAAAAGACAAUAUUGUUCCUCCACAUUGAAGGUGCACAGUAUUUGGCAUUAAGCACAGAAAACAGAUCUUAAUCAAGCUACUGCAGCGGACAAAGAUUAACACACUGAUAGCUGCUAGUUUUGCACUCGAUGCAUGACUCUUCAUCAGCUGAGGCUACAGGUAAUGUGAGACGAUCACUCACUAUGCUGGAAAAAUAUUUUACAAAUAUUUUACAAAAGUAUUUUUCCCUUUAUCUCAUACAGAUACAACAGUGAAACCCUGCUUUUGUUUUCAGUUGAAUUUGUGCCGUGGAUGACAGUACCACACCUGAAAGGUACUUUGAAUCUUUUACCAAAAGACAAAUAUAAUAGCAUUAGACUGCAGCUGACUUUGUACAUGUACAGGUUGAUACAUAUUGAUUUCAAGCAAUACACAAUGUUAUCAUGAUCCCACAAUUUCAACACGUAAUAUUUUUGUUUUUUUGAGCAAGAAAAUAUGUAAGUCUGUCCAGUAGUCUGUCCUCACAGCAGGCACGGCUUUUCAGAUAAGAUAUGACAGAACUCUUACUGUCAUCUAGAUGCUUCUGAAUCAAAUGCAAUAUACAUAACAUGCACAAAGUACAGCAAUACAGAAAAAAAACAAAAAACAACAACAUAUGAAGCCAGUGUCAUAAAUUAAGCCAUGUGGCUAUAACCUUUUAGAAUAUACACAAUCUUACCACAAAUAUAUUAGAACUACUGUAUAGAAAUCUGAUGAGGAUAUAAGUAAAAUGUUAAAAAUACAAUCUUGUACAACUGAGCUCAUCGACCGUCGUUAGAGCGUCCUUCAGCUGAAUUCACCAAUUUAAAAUUCAAAAAGCAUAUCAUCAAUGGUUCAUAUGUAGGUAGAUACAAUAGGGUCUGAAUGGCAAAAGUGUAAGAGAGAAUAAGGAACUCCUGUUACAUUAUUGUAAGUGUUGUACACAGGCAUAUUUAAAAUGUUUGCAUGGUAGGAGUUUUGUGUUUUCAUGUUUUGCAUAUUCACAAAAGCAGAAAAGAUAUGGCAGUGGUAAGAAAUGUUAAGUCUCUCGAUGAGCUAAAUUGUAGUUGACAAAACCUUUAAUGUAUUUUUCUUGAUUUGAGCUGAAGGCAAAUUAUUGAAAUGACAGUGUGAGCUUGUAAAAUUCAAACAAAUGAACAGCAGAUUUUCCUAAAGACUCGACAAGUAGGGGCGGCAGACGGGACAAAUCACACUGAGGAUGGAAUUAACUAUUUAAGUUUUCGAAAGUAAACAAACUGAUAAUAUCCAUGUCAAAAACUUGUGCCAAUUGUCACUGAACCUCUGCGAAACACAUUAAAAGUGCAUCGCUAUGGCUAAAUAUGGGAAUAGAAAAGCCUCCGUUAAAAAGUGCAAUGUUGUUAAUCCCUCAAACUCUUGUCCAACUUUUGUUUUUCUUGGCAUGUUGUUUAAAUUGUGCUCAAUAAAAUAUCAUAAGGCCCUAUCAUAACAACAAAGCUUCAAUAUUCAUAGCGUAGCAGUUUCUCUGUCGUUUGUUCUCUUCAGUGUAACUCGCUAU